AGACGCCGCGCAGGUUGGCAGCAGUAGUCCUAUUUCAGAGAUGGCGUGUGCUAGAGGCAACGUGCUUUGGCUAACCCCGCAACUUCGAUGAGCAACAAACGCACGAAGGGUCUGGUACACAGAGUGCCCACCGGGCUGUGCCCUCUCCAACCUGGGAGCGGAGCAGAGUGGAGAGCUGACAGAGACAGACCGAGGAGGAUGAGAUGGAGAUGACAAACCGAGACUCCAAAGUGGAGUGUGUGAAGUGCGAUGGUUUGAUUAAUUCGGCCAAGGUAUCCGUGCCGCUGUCACUUAUCGGGAAACGGGCAACCAUGGAGGGAGACGACCUGUACAGGUUGCGAGACAGGAAGGUUUUAUUGGAGGAUAAAAAGCGCCUUUGCGUGUUGUCUUUGGGCACCGCUCUGCUCGGGAUUCUGCUCAUGAUAAUCCACGCUGAGAUAUGUCCCUUCGUUUAUAAACCGGGCACAAAUAUCGCCUUAAUCGUCAACUGUUCCAUUACACUGUCCACCGGGUGUCUCAUCGUCCUCAUUAUAGCUUUUCAUUACAAAGACAUCAGGUUGUUUAUCAAUGAUCACAACCAGGUGGACUGGCGCAUUGCCUUGACCAGUCACAGGAUUCUUGUGAUCACACUGGAGCUGUUGGUGUGCUCCAUCCAUCCUAUCGGCACAUACUGGAAGAUGGGCCUUCACGUCAACUCCUCCUCCUCAGCUCCGCUCUGUGCCUCCAACCAUCACAGCGGGGCCCUGAUGAACUUGGAGCUGUUGUUGUCAGUGCUGAUGUUCCUCCGUUUGUACUUGGUGCACAGAGCCAUCCUUCUGCACAGCAAAGUGCUGCUGAGCGCCUCCUACAGGAGCAUUGGCUCGCUCAACAACAUCAACUUCACCUUCCGCUUUGUUCUCAAGGUACUGAUGAACAAACACCCGGCUCGAACGCUGUUGGCCUUCAUCCUCUUUUUCUGGCUCACUGCGUCUUGGAUGCUUACGCUAUGUGAGAGACAAACCAAAGCAUCAACAGGCCACAUAGACACGUCUCUGUGGCUCAUAGCUAUCACCUUCCUCACAGUGGGCUACGGAGAUGUGGCGCCCACCACCAGCUGUGGAAAAGUGGUGUGUCUCUUCACUGGAGUCAUGCUGGAAAGAGGAAAACAGGGUGUAGGCUGCACCGCCAUGUUGGUGGCAGUCGUUACCAAGAAGCUGGUUCUAAACAAAGGAGAGAAACAUGUGCACUUCUUCAUGAUGGACAUCCAGAUCUCUAAAAGGAUCCGUCAUGCUGCUGCUAAUGUGCUGAGGGAAUGCUGGCUGUUGCAUCGCACCAGCCUGACAAACGGCAACCGCGGUGAGCACCGAAGACACCAGAGAUGUCUUCUGGAAGCCAUCAGAGUAUUCCGUCAUUUGCGCUUCAAACACAGACAACUGAGAGAUUACGUGAGUGAGAUGGUGGACCUCCCCAAGAUGCAGAUGAUCAUGUGUGACCUGAGCGCCAACUGGAAUAAUUCCUAUCGGGAGCUGGAGCAGCGUAUCCUCUCCAUGGAGCAGAAGCUGGAUGAACUCAGUCGCUGCUUCCAACAGACCUCAGAGCUGCUGUCUCAGGUCCUACAUCACCACACUCCAGAGAUCAGGUGACAUGGCUCUGUGCUUUUGUUAAGAAUGGAGACAGUAGGCUUCCUUCUGUUUUGUCAUUCAAAUUAUCCAUGAAAAUGAGACAGUAAAUCAUCUCCACCCUCAGCUGCCCCAGACUUUUAACAUACUUUGAACCAGCACUAGGACUAGCACACCUAUCGGAUCUCUCAUCUUUUGGCUCUGUGCUGAGUGCAAGACACAGCGACUCACGGACAAAAUAAGACUUCUAUUCAUCGUGGGAGAACAUGUGCUGUGCCUUUUGGGAGAUAUGAUGCAAUUUUAGCUGUUGAUAACGGAAUUAAUCUGAAACAAGGACUGUGGAGAUCCAUGUGACCCACUCAGUCCUUGCUUCCAGAAUUACUCUUGUAACUGUCAUUUGAAAGGUUUCAUUGAUGGACUCUGUUACUCUUAUUCCUGUGGAAUGAGAUACAGUACACAUCUUAAAUGCAAAUUUUAUUUUAAAUGUUGUAAUGUGUUUAUCAGUGUGAGGCUGACCUCUUUGCCUCAUUCAAAUCCUCUAUCCAGUUGCAGUUGAGAAAUUGCCAAGCUGGUUGUUGCUUGGAAACAGACUUAUCCAAUUAU